ACGUCGCUUUCGCGGCGCUGGAGACACGCAUCUCAGCCAUGGCUUCCGCGGAGUCGCGGCGGAUGGGGAAUGGCGGCAGUGUCGGGGGCGCCUUCCAACCCUACUUAGACUCCUUGCGGCAGGAGCUACAGCAGAGGGACCCGACGCUGCUGUCAAUCGUGGUGGCGCUUCUCGCAGUGCUGCUGACGCUGGUGUUCUGGAAGUUCAUCCGCAGCAGAAGGAGCAGUCAAAGAGCUGUUCUUCUUGUUGGCCUGUGUGACUCUGGGAAAACAUUGCUCUUUGUCAGAUUGUUAACUGGCCUUUAUAGAGACACUCAGACAUCGAUCACUGACAGCUCUGCUCUGUACAGAGUCAACAAUACCAGGGGUGCUAGCCUGACCUUGAUUGAUCUCCCUGGCCAUGAGAGCUUGAGACUUCAAUUCUUAGAGCGUUUUAAGGCUUCAGCCAGGUAAGUAGGAUUUAGAGUGA